AUGAGCUCUGGCGUGAAAAUCGUACCCCGCCCUAGCCACGAGCGCGGCGGUGCAGACCAUGGGUGGCUGAAGACGUUCCAUACGUUCUCUUUCGCAUCGUACGGCGAUCGCACACAUCAGAAACACGGUGCCCUGCGCGUCAUAAAUGAGGAUCGUGUAGCGCCCAAUACCGGCUUCGGCACUCAUGGGCACCAAGAAUUCGAGAUCUUCUCGUAUGUCGUGAGCGGUCAGCUCGCACACCAAGACUCCAUGGGCAACACCGAAGUCCUCUCCCGCGGUGCCCUCCAGCUCACCUCCGCCGGCACUGGCAUCCUCCACUCCGAGAAAGCGCACGGCCCUGCCGAAGUCCACUUCCUCCAAAUCUGGUCCUUCCCCUCCACCCCACGCCUUCAGCCCAAGUACUACACCCGCAACUUCUCCGACGCAGACAAGACGGACAAGUGGGCGCGUGUUGUCGCACCGGUGGGCUCGCAGGGCGUAUCGGAGGCGCGCGAGGCAGAGGGCCCCGCACCCGUGCAUAGCCCGCUGACGAUGUACGCGACGCUGCUGAGCAAGGGGAGGACGGUGUCGCAGGCGAUGUCGGGGACGAAGGGGUAUAUCCACGUCGUCCAGACGUCGGGGUAUAAUACGGGGAAGGCGACGGGGGCCACGGUGAAGUUCAAAGCGGGAGACGAGCAGCUGGAGUUGAGGGAGGGCGAUGGGGCGUACCUGCACUUCCCGCCUGGCGGUAUCGACGUCGCGGUGGAGAAUACGGGGGAUCGCUCGGCAGAGAUCGUGCUCUUCGAUUUGCAGGAGUAG